AUGACCAUCACCACCACCACCACCACCUCUUCGCCUAUAGGUCUGUUCAUUCAACCUGCAUGCCUUCAACACAAGUAUAUCCGACAUCCUAACUCAUCUCAUAUCUUCGAAAGACCAGAGAGGUUGAGAGCAGUGUUGCUGGGCGUGGCAGCUGCUAUAGCUAGGUUGGAAGGUAUCGAUUCAGCUACUCAGUCAACAACGGCACAAUCAAAUACAGAUGAUCUAUCAGGAUUACUAUCAUCACUGUCCAUCGGGUCCUCUUCUUCUUCGACAUCAAGUGUGACAUCCCUUCUGAAUAUCAUCCCACCGCCUCCUCAACCUUCUAUACCCGGAUCAAUUCUACAACAUCAUCCCGCCGUCCAACUUGCCCAUUCACCCGUACCGGAAUCACCUUUCCCGUAUCUAGGUCAGAGAGCAUCAUCAUCAUCUUCGUCUAGCAGUGGUAGUAUACCGUCAUCGCCGUAUCUGAAGGAUCUGGUUAAAUGGGCCUCGGAAUCUAUAGAAAAGAUCAAAGAGACUGGAUGUGAGAUCCCUCCUGAUCUAGGGUUGAAUGCGGGUGAUUUAUAUUUGGGACCUGGUAGUAUAGUAGCUAUCGAAGGUGCUAUACAGACGGUUUGUCAAGCUAUUGAUCACGUCGUAUCGUCAAGAACACCACCUUCCACACCUGCCUCAUCUACUAGCAACAAUACACCAUCCACCCCUCCCUCGCAGAUCAAUAUAGGGAAUCGAUAUUUCAAUACUCCACCUCAAGAGCAAGCUUCCAGCUCGAAGUUGUCAGGUUCGCCAUUCAGCAAAGCUUUCUGUGCGAUUAGGCCACCGGGACAUCAUUGUGGUGAAGAUCUACCUUCUGGAUUCUGCUACGUCAACAAUGUAGUCAUCGGAGCUAUGCACGCAUAUCUGCAGCAUGAUAUAGAUAGAGCGAUAAUAAUAGAUUUCGACCUUCACCAUGGAAAUGGCACUCAAGCUUUGGUGAUGCCUCUGAACGCUGCUGCUCAUGCAGAAGACCUGCAGGUGAAAGCUGGUAAGCCCCAAACGAUGACAGGUAGAGAUGGAAGGAAGAGGAGGGGGUGGAAAGGUUUUUACGGAUCUGUCCAUGAUAUCUAUAGCUACCCUUGUGAAGACGGAGAUGUAGAGCUUAUCAAAGACGCUUCUAUAAGUCUUGCAGCUCAUGGACAAUACAUUGAGAACAUACAUCUUCAACCAUACGAAGACGAAGCGGAUUUCUACACUAGGAUAUACCCUCUCUACCUUGCUUUGCUAAACAAAGCAAAGGUAUAUAUGGAAGAGACUGGAGCGGAACCAUCGCGAACAAUGGUGUUCAUAAGUGCAGGAUUCGAUGCUUGUGAACAUGAACAUCAGGGGAUGCAGAGACAUGAUAGGAGGGUUCCUACAUCGUUCUAUUCGAGAUAUACCAAGGACAUAGUUGCCUUUGCGGAUGAAUACACAGAAGGGAAGGUCGUAUCUGUCCUAGAAGGUGGAUAUAGCGAUAGAGCUCUGACAAGCGCUGCGAUGGGUCAUAUUGUAGGGAUGAAAGGUGAUUUACCAGAGAAAUGCGAUGAGUGGUGGACCGAGCAAGAGUUGAUCAAUAUCGAAAAGGCCACGAAAAAGCGACGCACUGGCAGACUAGCUCCCUUCCCAUCCGAGUUCUCCUCCCAACCCCAUUUACAGCGUACACAUACCUUAUUGGGUCAUUUCGAAUGUGUUGGUACAGGUGUAAUAUCGGUACCUCCUUCAGUCACUAGUACCCCGCAACCAUCUACUGCGCGAAUGACUUUGAGGGACAGAAGGAAACCUGAAGAUAUCGCUUUGCCUCCCAGUGCAGAUAACACUCCGAUUGCAAGAAAGAUCAUCAAAGCGCGAGGAGGAGGAAGUGUUGUCGCUACACCUACCAGAACCAAAGCUAAGAACGAGCCCACAACCACACCUAUACAUUUUGCCAAACAAGCGAAAUCUACGGCUACUACGCCGAAUGCUAAGGCUAAUAGAGGAUUGAAAGUGGAUAACAGUGUGCCUUUACCCGCGUCUCGCUCUGAGGGAUCAUUGGAGAAAAUCGUGAAGACGGAACAGGGAAUGGGACUGGAAGAAGCCUUGAAGGCUCUGGAGAGUGUGAAAUUGGAAGAUCCAUUGGUGGAAAAUGCAGUUGAACAAUCAAGUACAGCUGGGAGUGAACUAUCAUUGCCUAAGCCCGGUAUCGCUUUACCGCCUGCGAUAAAUGACGAUGAGGAAUCACGUCCUACACUCCUCACUCAGACUUCGAUCCCCAAGAUCAUCCUUCGAAUACCUCGUCCUCCAGCAUUACAACACCAACCACAACAGAUCGAACAGUCUCACGCGUCCACGACCUCAAGCACAUUCGGUACCCUGCCUGUAACGGCGAAUCCCAUCUACCCAUCACUUCCAGGCGCAGUGAAAGAGGAAGAUAGGAUGGUGUAUCGAGAGGGUUCGACGUCAACUUCUGAAGGUGGGACAGAGGGUGAGUAUACCACUGCUCCAAGUGGUGGUGAGAGUCCUUUGCCUGGCGAUAAGGACGCUUCCACUUGA